AAAAGAAUUUCUACACACACACACAAACUUUCCAGUUGUUAAACAUUUACCAAUAUACUUCUGCUUGAGGGAGACUUAGUAGGCAGAGUCUGCGAGGGUCACUCGAGUUUGAGAAGAGCUAGCCACAGAGGACCCUCCUAUUAUUGGCAUGGUCAGAUUUGCUGGCUAAAGGGCAGUGACUGUCUCACUCAUUUUCCUGGUCUCAACUCCCAGCCAGGUUGCUGAGAAAACAGGAUGUGUUUUCAAGGUAUGCAAAUGGGUUGGGUAUAUCCCAGUCUUCCCUGGCUCAGUAAAUGGCAACCUCAUUCUUCCCCCUGCUGAGGCCAACAACUGGAAUUCCUCCUGGUUGCUCUCUUUGCCUUACACAUCCUAACAGAUCCUCGGCAAAGCUGUCAGGCUCUCCCUUGGAAAUAGACCCCGAAUUUGACCACUUCUCACUACCUCCACCACUCCCCCAGACCCUAGUCACUGGUAAUCUUUGCUUGGAUUGUUGCCAAAGCCAUUGGUCCCUUGGAUCCUGCCCUUGCCCCUCUGUUAGAUGGAUUAACUAGUCCUAGUGUCUGCAUGUAGCUGAUGCCUGACUGUGUAGCUGAGGGUAUGUUCUAUUAGGAUGGUGCUUGUUAGGAUGGAAUUCAGUUCAAUGUCCUGUGGACACUGAAUAAAGUCAACCAAACCUACUGUGAGUAAGAAGUAAGAAGCAUAAAAUGGCACCAGACAGCAUCAAAUUCAAGAAAUAGUCUGUUUCCUGGAACAUGCAAGGACAUUGCCUUGAGAGAACAUAAGAAAGAAAGUCAGGACUGUGAGUAAUUUUAUUCAGUGACCAUGUGAAUAAUAACAGGACACUAUUGAUGAUGGAUCCUAUGAGACACUGAUGUAUCAGAAGUGAAGGCAUUGUCAUUGCUGCACUCUUGUUUCUAGAACAUUCCAUCACCCCAAAACGUUCCUUUGAACUCCUUUGCAGCUCCUCUUCCCCAGCAUACACACCUCCUGCCCAAGCCCGGGCAACCAUUGAGCUGUUUUGUUCUGAAUCUUUAACAUUGGAUUGUCAACUUGUCAUAGGUUCUAGUAUUCUGCUGGUAACAGCUGGGGGCUAUUUGAUUAAGAGCGAUGGCUCUGGAGGGAGAUUGACUUGUUCUGCACAAUCAUUGUCUUGCUAGUGACCUUACAUCUCAGCUUCCUACUCCAUAAAAUGGGGAUACUCACUCCUCUGGGAUUUUGUGAGGAUUACACAGUUCCUGGUACUUAAUAGCCCCAUACAUUUGCUUAUUAUUAUUACUAUUUACAGAGCGUGUGCUCUGUGUUGGGCAUUGUGUUGAGGGCUGUGUAUGGAGGUGGCAGCCGCUGCUGGUGCUCUCUCCACAUCUCCAUUGGCACUCACCAUCCUGCAUCUGCCAGUAGCUUCCUACUGAACCUGAGAUGCUCUGCACCAGUGUGUUCUCUCACUAUAUGCCGGGCAGCCCGGAAGAGCGGGGAGUUAAUGCUCCCAGGAGCAGCCUCCAACCAGUGAUGGCCAGGAGUUGGCAGGUAAAAAGCCAGCUUCCUUGUCUCCCAGGAGGACAACUCUGAAGCAUGAUCUACACCCUCUCCCAGGGUCCCCCAUCAGGAGUGAGCCCCAGCUGCCCACAGGGAUAGUCUUCUCAUGAAUACACUGUCUGUAUUGGCUUCCGUUUCGCUUCCCUAUUGCCCUUCCAGAACUUUGUGGGAUCCUCUAUCAAACCAUUUUCACUCUCAUGCUCACGUCAGGGUCUACUUCUAAGCCAAUGGCGCAUUUCAUGUAAUCCUCAAACAGUCCUAUAAAAUGGACACAUGUUUCUUCCCCAUUGUAUAGUUGAGCAAAAUGAGGCUCAGACAGGUGAUGUCAUCUGCUCAAGGUCAAAGCUUUGGGCACUCACCCUCUCCACAGCUUCCCUGCGGAACGUGCCCUGAUGGGUGCAGCCCCAGGAUCUCUUCUCCCCCCUGUCACCCAGGGCUCCGCUGACCCUUCUGAGCUGCAUCUCCCCCCCACCCUCUGCAGGAAGGCCGCUGCCUGUUUGUCAUCCUGCUCAUGGCUGUGUACUGGUGCACAGAGGCCCUGCCCCUCUCGGUGACGGCCCUGCUGCCCAUCAUCCUCUUCCCCUUCUUGGGCAUCCUGCCCUCCAACAAGGUCUGCCCCCAGUACUUCCUGGACACCAACUUCCUCUUCCUCAGCGGGCUGAUCAUGGCCAGUGCCAUUGAGGAGUGGAAUCUGCACCGAAGGAUCGCCCUCAAGGUCCUCAUGCUCGUUGGGGUCCAGCCAGCCAGGCUCAUCCUGGGGAUGAUGGUGACCACCUCCUUCCUGUCCAUGUGGCUGAGCAAUACGGCCUCCACCGCCAUGAUGCUGCCCAUUGCCAGCGCCAUCCUGAAAAGUCUCUUCAGCCAGAAGGAGGCUCAGAAGGACCUCAACUGGCCGAGUGAUGAGAACACAGAUUUGCAUUCAUUGAGUGCUGACUGCGUACUGAGUGAAGAGUUCAACGCUUUGCCUGCAUCAUCUCUUUCACCUCUCAAAACAGCCUUAUGAAGUAGAUACUAUACUUUCCCCGGGUUUUAGAGCACUUGAAGAGAUGCUCAAAAUCACUAAUGCCAGAGAAAUGCAAAUUGAAACAAUGAGAUUUACUUCAGUGAGAUUGGCAAAGAAAGCUGGACACUGCCCUAUGUCGGCAAGCGUGGGGCCAUGGGAACCCUUGUGUUCUGCCAGAGAGCGUAUGCACUGGGUCAGCCCUUCUUAAGGGAAUUCUGCAAAUAUUUAAUCAAAUUAAAUGUGCACAUACCCUAAAAAAAAAAAGUACACAUACCCUGUAACCCGACAGUUUGACUCCUGGAUACAAACGCCAAAGAAUUCUGACAGAGGUCCACGAGGGGACGGGUGUGACAGUGUUCACUGCAGCCUUCUCUGUGGUCUGGUGAGUAAGUAGCCACGUGAGCAUCACCACCAGUAAAGGGGAAGGUCAAGUGUGUACUGUUGAGCACCUUGCUGCUUUUAGGAGCAAAGAAUUAGAGGACCACAGUUCUAGAAAUGGGUCUCACAAAACACAGUCAUGAUUGGAAAAAAAAAAAACCAGAAUGAGAUC